AUGAGCAUUUCUGAAGAGUCUGAAGACUUCGGAGUCUCUUCAAAUGUACUGAAACGUAAGAAAGAGGACUGCCAGGAAGAGAUCUUGGAAGCUGAGAUCAAAAGAGUCGCUCUCGAUGACGCAGAGUACGACGGAAUAACAGAGCCCGAAGUGAACCAAAGCGAGAGGGAAAACAUGUCUGAAAGAACAGAGUCAAGCUCGGGAAUAGAAAACGAACAAGAUGAAAAAAAGGACUAUAUUCACUUGCGAAUGCUGUGCCUUGUGAAACAGGCUUCAAUGGUAGUUGGACCGGGAGGAGAAAAGAUAUCGCACAUGAAAGCCGCGACAAACACCCGCAUAAACGUUUCGGACAACGUUCGGGGCGUGCCAGAACGUGUUAUUUUCAUAAGGGGCAGAUGUGAAGAUGUUGCCAAAGUAUUUGGAAUGAUAGUGCGCGCUAUAAACGGCGAAAAGGCUGGCGAGGCCGGCGGUGAGAACUCUGCAUCUCUAACGCUCAACAUUUUGAUACCGCACCACAUGAUGGGGUGCGUAAUAGGUCGCCAAGGCUCAAGGCUGCGAGAAAUCGAGGAGCUAAGCGCAGCUAAGCUCAUGGCAGGACCUCAAACCCUUCCAAUGUCCAAUGACCGAAUCUUAUGCAUAACAGGAGUAGCUGAUGCUAUUCACAUUGCUACGUACUACGUGGGACAAACUAUACUUAAUCACAAGAAGACUUUUGCGGCCAAAAAAUGCAUAUUCUACUUACCAAGUCUUAUCCAUUCAGUUCUUGUCAAUAGUUAUGGUGUCAGCAUCCAACACCAACAGCAGCACCAGUAUCGGCCGGGCGAGAAUGGAAAGAAAAGACUUCAUCGCAUGUCGCCGGCAAACCAUCCUGAGUUUUCGUACGACUAUGCGGCCGCUACAGCACAUACUGGUAGGUUCACACCCUCUGUGGCCGUUCACAACGUAAGAUUUCCCGAUACGGCCACCACCGCGCCCAUGGCACCGGCUAUGGCUCCACAGCUGAGUUUAGUUCAACAGGAGGUCUAUAUCGACGACAACUAUGUCGGAAAUGUGAUUGGCAAGGGGGGUAAACACAUCAAUUCCAUCAAAGAAAGUACUGGCUGCUCCAUUUUGAUUGAAGAUCCGGAAAUCGGCUGCAGCGAGCGAAGAAUCCUAAUUAGAGGAACGCCGAUGGGAAGUCAAAGUGCUAUAUUAUUGAUAAACAACAAGAUUGAAAUGGACAAGAGGAACAAGGAAACCAAUGGAAGGAGAGAAGUAGUGCCACUAAGCUCGUAA